AUGGCCAUAAAGCUAUGGAGGGCUGUGGCCUUCUUUCAGGAACAUGGCAAAAUGCCUUCUGUCCUUUCAGGGUUACCAGGGUUUCAAGCCUAUUCUGGACAAGGAAGUACGCUGCCUUUUAGGGUCCUACAGUAUAAUAUUCAGUGUGAUCUUGCCUUUGAAAUGGUAGAUUGGGGCCUCAAUGUGAUGAAGCCUUUCUGUUUUUCAUACAUCAUAGCCAAGCUCAUUGUUGUCACAGGUCUGGCAAUUCUUCUGAAUGUACAGCUGGGAUCUUCCUACCAGCUGAUGUGCUACUAUACCAGUUGGGUGAAGGACAGGCCAACAGAAGGGAGUUUCAAACCUGGAAACUGCUUGUGGACGUUGUACAUCGUGGUGCGCACUAGGCUCCGCACCACGAUGUACAACUAUUUAAGUGAAGAUGAUGCCAAGUGUUUUGAUAUUUUGCUUUUUCUGUCCUUUUUGAGGAACACUGAGCUAAAAACUCUCCUGGCCAUUGGAGGAUGGAAGUUUGGACCUGCCCCGUUCAGUUCCAUGGUCUCUACUCCUCAGACCCGUCAGACAUUCAUUAAGUCAGUUAUCAGAUUCCUCCGUCAAUAUAAGUUUGAUGGCCUCAACCUUGACUGGCAGUACCCUGGGUCUCGAGGAAGCCCUCCUAAGGACAAACACCUCUUCAGUGUUCUGGUGCAGGAAAUGCGUAAAGCUUUUGAGGAAGAAUCCGUGGAGAAAGACAUUCCAAGGCUGCUACUCACUUCCACAGGAGCAGGAAUCAUAGACUUAAUCAAGUCUGGUUACAAUAUCCCUGAACUGUCUCAGUCUCUUGACUAUAUUCAGGUCAUGACAUAUGAUCUCCAUGAUUCCAAGGAUGGCUACACUGGGGAAAAUAGUCCCCUCUAUAAAUCUCCAUAUGACAUUGGAAAGAGUGCUGAUCUAAAUGUGGAUUCAAUUAUUACCUACUGGAAGGACCAUGGAGGAGCUUCUGAGAAGCUCAUUAUGGGAUUUCCAGCAUAUGGGCAUACCUUUAUCCUGAGUGACCCUUCUAAGAAUGGAAUAGGUGCCCCUACUGUUAGUGCUGGACCACCAGGAAAGUACACAAAUGAACAAGGACUCCUGGCUUACUUUGAGAUUUGUACAUUUCUGAAUGAAGGAGCCACUGAGAUCUUUGAUGCCACCCAGGAAGUACCCUAUGCCUAUCUGGGUAAUGAGUGGGUUGGUUAUGACAAUGUGAGGAGCUUCAAGUUGAAGGCUCAGUGGCUCAAGGACAACAAUUUAGGAGGUGCUGUGGUCUGGCCCCUGGACAUGGAUGACUUCAGUGGUUCUUUCUGUCACCAGGGACGUUUCCCUCUGACAUCUACUUUAAAGAGCGAUCUCUAUAUACACAGUGCAAGCUGCAAGGCCCCUUAUCGAGGGGAGCUUUAG